AAAUCGAGAGAAGAGGAUGAGUGCAACUUAUUGCUCUGUCUCAGCAGAGCAGCCGGACCUAAGCUGGAAAGAGGGCCACAUUCUGAAGGGCCUAAGGAGGCUCCAAAUGCGCAGCCCAGCUCCCCAGGAGCCAUCUUCACUUGCCUCCACAUCACAUUUCAAGAACUGCAUGACCUCCAACGAGGGCAUAUACUCUCUAGGGGUCAAGUGUGGGCCAAUAGGGGUACUGCCCGCAUUGGCAAAGGGAAAGCCUUUCAAGCCAGGAGCAGGAGUCAGUACCUUAAUCUCUGACUCGGACGAUGCAGAUGAUGAAUCGCCUCAAUCCCCAGUCAGGGAGUUCUGCUGCCCACCCAUCAAAGACACUCACCAUCUGGAAGGACAGCCUGCGUCUGAAUUGGGAAUGGCACAAGGGGAAAAGAGCUUUACGGACUACAACUCCCAAGAGGAGCCUGUAAGACUCGUAAGAAMUCCCAGCAACUCCCUCUCACCUAUCAAAGAUGUCUUCUUGUUCAAGGGUCCGACACUGAAGCCUGGACUUAGCCCAACGGCGACCCCUACCACUGUGAGUGGACUUGAGAAUACAAACUGGAUAGAAAAAGACAAGCAGUCUGCCUUUACAAACUGGAAUGUUAUGGACAGUUGCAAUUUGAGGCCAGAGAGUGUUAAACAGCCACAAGAAAAAGUUACAGUGAAACAACUAGAGACAGGGGCUAGGGAAGUGAGACUACCCAUUCAUCCUCCAGCAUCCAGAGCUCUGAGUUGGGUUAGUGAGGCCAGACAGCGCAGUGCUUCCAUGGAUACGAAGCAUUACAGAGAGCCAAACAGCCAGGGUGAAAUUGGUACCAAGGACUACACCAUUWUGGAGUCCCGACAGAGGAAAGCAAAGCCUAAGGCCUGCAACUCAGCAAGGAAGGCCUUUUUCCUCCGAAGCAAGAGUGCGGACGGAGGCCCAGACCAGGCCACGCUGCACCAGCCURUACAUCAGAAGCUGAUAAAGGUCAAUCAAAGGUCCAAGAACCACUUGAACACUCCUGGGUCCAGUGGCCCUGGCACAAAGACUUACCUCAGCAAGGCACCUGGUCCAGCAAAGGCAUCAGUACAAAUGUUUGAGAAAGGUAAGAAUGCUACUGGUGCAAGAACGUCAGGGCCACUUGAGAAUACAGUACAGAGCUCCCCUUCUUCUUCACCUCAGAAACUGGUCAAGGUAUUUAAGCCACCUGGGCUGAAUMAUUACCCCAAGAGCCCAUCUAAAGUAUCCCAACCAGUCUCCAAACUCCCAUCAAGGAAUGACUGUGGAYCAAAAGCCCCCAACUCCAACAAUUCAGCCUGCUUUCCACUCAAUCAGAGACAGCAAGACCAGCACUCCGAUCCRCCUCGUAAUGAUAUCAGGUCCCUUUCUCCUCCACCCCCACCAGGUCGGACCACCUCCCUACUGAUACGACCUGGUUAUGACUCAUUACCUCAGGCGCAUAAGCCUGUGGUUCAGCCCCAAACCUCUAGCACCGUGAAGGCAACCACCAGUAGCACCAAAUCUCAGUCAAGUCAUCAUUCAUCUAUUUUACAAAAGCAAGCUCAAGCCCCCAUCAAAAUGCAAGACACUCGUCAUAUGGAUCCCAAAAUGGGCUCUGAGAUGAAAAAGUCACCGAAACGGGUCCCUACCAAAGUUCACCAUCCCUUACCAACUUCUACCCCUAUUCAAGAAUCUAAGGAAACAGCCUAUUCCCAAUCCUCACUGAGCUGGACUGUGGCACAAGCCUCCCAUCAGGAAAAUAGUGUCCCCUUUGUGGUGCCAAACCAGGGCUGUUCACCUGUGUCCCAGCAAAGCAAUGAUGAGCCACAAAGUACAGAGCUCAUACCUCAGGCKUCAGCAUCUCUUCUCUGCCAUGGCAUAGUUAGUAACUCUCAACAUUCUGUGACCAGGGUAGUGAAGUCAUCCUUUCUUGUUGACUCCAAAACCAAUGAGUCAACCUCAAAGCCGGGCAACAACUCCACAGUUAACACUGCUACAAAGGGAGUGCAGACUUUUGAAAACUUCUACCAGGACACCUACACACGUCCAAUGAUGCACUGUGUCAAUGCAGCUGUAGCCAAGGCCAAUGCUAGGAGAAAUCUCAAGACCCGCUGUAGCUCACUAGAGGAGCCUGCACUCCCACCUACAGCAGCAGAGAAUGGUGUAACUUUGGACUGGGGAUUUGAUGAAGAGGGCUGGCUAUUCAAGCGCUCAGUCUCAGUCUCUACCCGGCCUCCUAUCCACCCAGUUAUGGGCAUGAACGGAGCAAAGGCUCGCAGUCAAAGCUUCGGAGCACGUUACAUGGACAGACCAAACGUCAGCAGGUCAGGAAAAGUCCGUACUCACAUCAAAACUAACUCAGGAAGCUCUUUGAACUCUSUUGGUGAUGUAUUUUGGGGUAGUAUGAGUUGCUCCAACAGCUACCAUUGUCCCAUGAACAGAUCCCAUGUUAACAAUUUCAUGAUUGAGGAAGGCUUGCCACUACCUACACAUCUGAGGGCUUCCAGUGAUCGAUUUGAUCUGAAACACAAGAGGUUAAACUCAACAUCACAUCUCCAGACUGAGAAACAGCUCUCUAGCUCCUUCAAUGAACCCAUCCAUGGGGAACCAGAGAGGCAGUCCACCAUCGAGGAGAAGGUCAUGAUGGGAAUCAAGGAGAAUUUUCAGAAAUCUCAGGAGCAGGAGAAGACAACUGAAACUAAGCAGAAAUCCGUCUCAUCCCUGGCAAACUGGUUUGGAUUCCGCAAGAACAAGCUCCCUGCUCCGAGUGGCAAAAACGUAGAUACUCAAAAGGGAAAGGAGGAGAAGAAGGAGCCAAAGCUUGGAUCUCUCUUGGGUGGGAAGCAGGCAAAGUCCGACAAAAAGGAGAGGAGGAAAAGUGAAGGUCAUCGAAUGGACAGCUCGGUGGGGAAAAGAGACUCCCAAGAUGCAUUUCUCCUCUGCCUCUCGAUGGCCUCCCGGGGAGCCUCAGUUAACAGCAACAUGCAAGGACAAACUGGCAUCUGUGGGGACACAAAGACAAAAACACAGAGGAUGAACCUCAGGACUGAUAACGACAAUGGAGCUGCAUUAAAGAGCCCCAYUCAAGAUCACGUGAUCGGCUCCGGCUGCAAGAUGCGAACAUUGGACAGCGGCAUUGGAACGUUCACCCUCCUUGAUUCCUCCUCCUUCCUCCACUUCCUUCCCAAGUCCCCAUCGGCCCGGGGUCACUCCCUCAGCCCACCCACUGUGCCCAGUGCCUCUAGUGCAGAGGUGUCGCUCUCCCCAUUACCCAGGUGGAGAGUGCCUGCCGGCUCAAAGGACCAUCCCUGCAGCCAACCAGAGCUUGUCAACUCCURGUUUUCCGARACCACUGUGACCCWUGUCCAAUCAGUGCCUUAUCCCACUGUGGCCUUCCUUCAGCCCAUCCAAUCCCUGUCUGAGCCCCUUGUGACCUGUGCCAGUGUAUGUGAUAUUCAGAGCAGGCUGCCCAGACUAGCCUCAGGUAGAAUGACAUGAUCGUGAAAGAAUGACCAGGACGACUGCUAAGAAACCAUCAGCAACUAAAUGAUCAAACUAAAAUGUGCAGCAUCGUGGGGAGAGGGAUAGAGAGGGCAAUCAGCAGCCAUGUAACCUAAAGGAGAGAGUCKUGAUUACAAUGGCUCAUGAGUCAGACAAAUAACUACCUAUACCAUCCUGGCUCCACCAAGGCUCAAAUCAUGGCUCAUCGAAAAGCAACACGGUGUCAGUGAACUAUGGGUGCUCGCUGAAAACCUGUGAUAARGGAUCAACCUCUGAAUCAUGUCUUUAUUCUGUGUUUUGAAUUUUGGAAUAAAACUGCCAAUUACAAUGUGUUAGGGUAACAUAUGAAGGCUACUAGAAGCCUGAAAGCUGCCCAUUURUGUCUGAUGGGUUUCUAUCCACAGUACGUACCUGAAGUGUUAAGAUCAGCAUGCCAGUGAUUUAGUCACGGGCAAUAGUCAUGGUCUGCUGUAGUUGACACACAUUUGCCUCAUCAGUAGCUUUACCAGUUAGCUCACACUUAGCUACUGUACUGUAGCUGACUAAUUGCUCCUUAUUCUGUCAACUUACAUGUAGAUGGAUGGCUUGGGAAGAAGGUCCCCAUGAUCUUCUCUCUUUCAGGGUUUUUAUUAAAGGGAUAGUUCACCCAAAUUWCAAAAUCACAUACCUUGUAAGCAGUCAAUGGCCAAGGUAAGGCAGCAAUCCAUGCUUUGGUUUUACUUACAGUGUAAGGAAAGCAACAUGUAAUUUGCGUGAACUAUCCCUUUAACAGUUUGCGACACAAUACAGACUGACUAGCUCCAGUACAAAUAAUUAGCUAGGUUCUGUGCUGGGCAAUAUGUACUGUCAACAUAUUCAGUUCACAAACAACUUCAAGUUCACAAACAACUUCAAGGCUCUCUGAUUUGGAUAAUAAGCCACCAAUCAUAGAAUUACAGUGUAGGCGGGAUCUCUACUUAUAACUGUACAUCAGUAGAUGUAGUACAUUCAGCCUCAAACCGUAUGAACAAGUAAAUAUAAAAGCAGGUUAACUUUGUAUUUAUCAAGCACUUUUUUAUUACGUGUUACACAUUCCUGAACUUGUGUAUAGUCAUGUAGGCCUCUGAUCUCAGUUAUACAUAAGCUCAACAUGAAUAUUGCUAUGCAGUUUGCUCAGGGAAAUGCAAUUACUCAUUUAGGAAAUAUUUAUUCAUAUAUAGCUAUAUGGAAGUUAUUAGCAGGUGUUCAAUUCAACCCCAACACGUUUGUAAUGUACACACACKAAAAAAUCUAGUUUCACCUAAUUAUUAUCAAGUAUCUGAUUCCACAGCUUUUUUUUGGUUUACUUAACUUUUCAAUCYGUGUUACCUGAACGUAACAUUUUUAGUUGGCCCAAACWUGAGAAAACAUAUGCAAAUMUUUUGGUCAAUCAAAAAUGUUUUCUCAAUUUGUCUCAUAUGUUCAUUCAAUUAGAAAUUAUUAUUUUGGCAUCUUACCAACAAAAAAAGGCUGUGGAAGUACACACACACACACACACACACACACACACAGUGCUUUUAACAUACGUUUUCAACUUACAACUUACUGUAAUUAUUAGGAGAGUGAAGUAUUGUUUCUUCUGGCUCUAUACUUCAGAAGUUUGCAUUUAAAAUCAAACACUGACUGAGGUUAAAGUUCAGACAGUCAGCUUUAAUUUGACGGUAUUUUUUAUCRAUAUCAGAUGAACCGUUUAGAAAUUACAGCACUUUUUGUACAUAGUCCCCGCAUUUUAGGAGAGCAAAAGUAUUGCGACAAAUUCACUUAUGUGUAUUAAAGUWGUGAAAAAGUGAAGUAUUUGGUUCCAUAU